AUGGGCAAGAAGCCGAUUGAUACAUUUAUUCGAGCCCAGAUCGUGGCUUUACAUGGUGCUGGUUUAAAUCAAGUCGAAAUCUCAAAUCAACUCAAAGUUUCUCGAUGUUGUGUACAAAAUGCCAUCAAGAAAUACAAAGAACAUGGUAUAUACAAUGAUCUCAAGCGUUCAGGUCGUCCAAGAAAAAUAACUAGUCGUGGCAUACGUCACUUGAAAAGAUUAGUGAAAGGGAAUUCUCGUCUUAGUGCAAGCAAAAUAGCUUCAGACUUAAACAACAGCUUACAAAAACCAAUCACAGCAGAAACAGUACGCCGGUAUCUAAAAAGUUUUGGCUUUCAAUACGUGGUAAAAAUAAAGAAACAGUGGUUGAAUGCUAAACAUAGACAACGGCGUGUUGCCUGGUGCACACAGUAUUCAAGCUGGACAUGUGACGAUUGGAAAAAUGUAAUUUUUUCGGAUGAAUCGACGUUUUAUGUUUUGAAACGAAAGAAUCUCUGCAAAAUAUGGCGUUUGGAAAAGGAAAAACUUCUUCCGGAAUGUUUGGAACAAACAAAUACAGGUGAUGGCGGCAAGAUUGGAAUAUGGGGUGGAAUCUCGGGCUUUGGCACAACAGCAGCCAAGAUUUAUAUGGAAAAUAUGAAUGGGCAUUUAUAUUGUGAUGUGUUACAACAUGAAUUGAAACAAUUCAUCACAAAAAGUCCGAACAAGACCAAGAUGAUUUUCCAACAAGACUUGGCUCCCUGGCAUACCUCGAAUAUCGUCAAGGAAAAAAUUGCUAAAUUGAAAUUAAAUGUACUCGAUUGGGCUCCAAAAAGUCCUGACUUAAACCCUAUAGAAAUGUUAUGGUCAAUUUUGGACAAAAGACUGGCCUCAAAACCAAUUUAUUCAAGACAGGCCCUGGAGAAUCGUCUUCAGGAGGAAUGGAGCAACAUUGAUCAGGAUUUAUGCAUAAAAUUGGUUGAAUCAAUGCCUGAACGAAUACGAAAAUGUUUAGCAGCUAAAGGUGGACAUUUUUCGUGA